AAGAAGAACUGAAGGCAGGCGGCGGCGGCGGCGGAGGCGGCUGCUCCUUGGCGGCGGAGGGAGGCGGAGGCGGCCGGCCCAGCUGAGCCUGCGGCGGGGAGCCAUGUCGGACCAGGAAGCCAAACCUUCAGCAGAGGACUUGGGAGAUAAGAAAGAGGGAGAAUACAUUAAACUCAAAGUCAUCGGGCAGGACAGCAGUGAAAUACACUUCAAGGUGAAAAUGACAACGCAUCUAAAAAAACUUAAAGAAUCGUACUGUCAGAGACAGGGAGUUCCUAUGAAUUCACUCAGGUUCCUCUUUGAGGGUCAGAGAAUUACUGAUAAUCAUACUCCAAAAGAGCUUGGGAUGGAAGAAGAAGAUGUGAUUGAAGUUUAUCAGGAACAGACAGGAGGCCAUUCAACAAUUUAGAUUGUUUGCUCCCCACCCCUCCUUUCCCUUUUAUUCUUUUCUUAUUUUUAAAUAAUAGUUCUUUUGUAAUGUGGUAUAUAACACUGAAUCGAAACCGGCACCGUACGCCCGUAUCUGGGGUCUUAUUUACAAAUGUCUGUUAUAAAUACUUGUGCUCAUUAUACGCUAUCAUUUGUUUUCAUUGUACUGAAUUCUUGUGCUCCCACUGCAGUUGUACCUCCCUGUUUCCCCUGUUUCCUCUUUAGAAAAACACCCGCCACCCACACGCGCAUUUGUGUGUUCACAGGGCCCAUGUAUUUCAAGCACGCUGACAGAUCUGCCAGAUUGGGCGCACGGGUUUCCUAAAAUUUCCGUAUUGGCCCCAAGGUGUUUUUUUUAACGUGCGGCUUUUACUUGUGGAUUUUAAGUUACAGACGCUUUUCUGAGAGCUUAGCGGUGGAAGGAUUAUGUCCUCAGCUUAUGUCCUCAAACUUUGUUCUGUAUCAUUUCCUGGUGGCCUAGGACAGAACAGCAUCCAGAUGUUGAUGGGAAAAUGUAGUCUUUUUCUUGGGUAUGAGAUACAUGAAAUCACCGAAGAGAACUUGGAAAAUCCUGAUUUUUCAUUGGCGGAAGAGCCCAGGAACAUUCUGAUUUUUAGUACUUUCAUGUACUGAGAGUUGCCAAUCAUUUCAUUCUUUUGUGGUACCUUUUAGCCUGAGAUGUGGUUUUUGAAUGCACACAUAGACUGUACUGGCUUCCCUUUAAAUAAAUGAGAGGAAACAAAUUUAUAAGCAUCUGCAUUUUUUGAGAUACCUGUGGCUUGGAUACUGUUUGGCAAAAGCAGUGAGGAAUAUUUAAGGAACACUGGCUUUCAGCCUGAGGAUAUGACAGUGUGGCAACAACUGAUUUUGUUUUUCCACCUUGCGAACUAGCACGCUCUUUGCCGCUUGCUCUCAAAUUUUAAGUAGCAGUCUAUCUUCAACUAAUAGAUGUCUUUUGUAAAUGCCUCCUCCGUUCUGAAAACUAAUGUUAGCGUAAUGUUGAAAAAGGUUGCAAGAAUUGGGGGAGGGGUGCCCAAGUAUUUUGUGAGCCCCCUGCCACGAACACUUCAUGACCUUUUUUAAAGGUGUAAAAGGGGCACACUAAGGUGUUUGUUUUGAAUAGUCACAGAAAAUGCUCACUUAAAAUUGAUGGAGCUCAAAUUAGCCACAACUAACUUGCUCCAUUGAUUUUAAUGCAGUUUAAGCACGCAUAACUCUUUCUAAACUGAGCACCUUGUGUUGCAUUGGAAAUCCUAGGUAAUCUUUAGGUUCAUCAAAUGCUGUACUCUGUGGCAACGAAAACCACGCAUGAGCUCUGCUUGCUGCUUGCAUAAUACUAGUGUGAGACGGGCCAGAGCUACUUGCAAGACAUGAUCAAGAAAUUCAUCCUGUGAACUCCAAAGUUUUGUCGUGUGACUUCGUAGGGUCAGCAUCAAAGCCCUUGCGCCAAACCUUAUUUCUUGUAUUAUGUAGAAGUAAGCCUAACUGAUUUCCAGGGAGCACACGUAAGCGUUCUUAGGGUAUAGGGAUUCCUGAAAAUACGUUUCAAGCCAACGCUGUCCCAAACCAAAUAGUGAAUGGUUAGAGCAGCUUUCCAAAAUAAAAGCUAUUCAUCAGUUUUUGUGGAGUUUGUUCUGUGAAGUAGUAUUCUUAAUUGAGGGUUGGAAAACUGUAUUCCCCGAUUGGUUAUCCCACUGAACACUUUUUGACCUCCAUCCCUAUUUUAGUAAAUCGCGGAACAAUGUCAUAGAAAACCUGUCAUGCUAGAAGGGGCCCUUUAGCUCAGGUUUAUGGUAUGAUGAUGGCAGGAUUAGAAACACAUUGCUCUACCUCUUUUGUUUUUCCCUCUUGCAAGGGGAUUGGGGAAAGGACAGAAAUUGAGACUGCAAUGUUCUUAAGCAUGUUUUUAAUACACCAUUUGAUUGUGAGUUUAAUUUUAUUUUUAAGCUGGCACUUAAUUGUAAAGUGUUAAUGGAUCUUCUCCAAUGCUUGUAGUUCCCAUGUCCCACUUCUGAUGCCUUUUUGUACACAUGCUAAAACUUUUUUUAAAAAUUAAAAUUUGUUUUCAAAAAUUGG